GUAAUUUUGUUAAAAAACAACUAAUUAUUCCUGGCUUAAAAGAAAAUGCAGAAAUAAAUAUCAAACGCGGCGUCGUCAAUACGGGAAGGUCAAGGCGUAGUCCAGCACGACCUGCCCCUCUGCUGGAACGAUCGAGCUGGUGAGUUUUCACUGCAUUUCUAGUUCCAGGUGCUUUCUAGUCAAGCAAGCGUCGAUUCAGAGUGCGAGUGCGAGUGCGAGUGCGUGCUUUGGUGGUGAAGAUAAUGGCGGAAUCAAACAUGGUACACUCGCCGGCGGUCACGUAUUUCUCCGUUCUCUCGCUCCUCAGUCUCUGCCCUCCCUUUGUCAUUCUUCUAUGGUACACAAUGGUCCAUGCCGAUGGGUCUGUUUCCCAAACUUGGGAUUACUUGAAACAGCAUGGACUACGGGGGCUUAUAAACAUUUGGCCAAAACCCACUGCUGUAGCAUGGGAGAUUAUUGCCUGUUUUGCAGCAUUUGAGGCUGUACUCCAGCUAUAUCUACCGGGAAAAAGAGUUGAGGGCCCAAUUACUCCUGCAGGGAAUAAACCUGUCUACAAGGCUAAUGGUUUGGCUGCAUAUGCAGUAACAUUGAUUACUUAUCUUGCCCUUUGGCGGUUUAGAAUAUUCAACCCUGCAAUUGUGUAUGACCAUUUGGGAGAAAUUUUUUCAGCUCUCAUUUUUGGAAGCUUCAUUUUUUGUGUUUUCUUAUACAUAAAAGGUCAUGUGGCGCCGUCUUCCUCUGAUUCUGGUUCAUCUGGGAACAUCAUAAUUGAUUUCUAUUGGGGUAUGGAGCUGUAUCCUCGGAUUGGCAAGAAUUUUGAUAUUAAGGUUUUUACAAAUUGUAGAUUUGGGAUGAUGGCUUGGGCAGUUCUUACUUUGACCUAUUGCAUAAAGCAGUAUGAACAGAAUGGGAGAAUAGCAGAUUCCAUGCUUGUAAAUACUGUGUUGACACUGGUUUAUGUUACAAAGUUUUUUUGGUGGGAAGCUGGAUACUGGAACACUAUGGAUAUUGCACAUGAUCGAGCUGGUUUUUAUAUAUGUUGGGGUUGCUUGGUAUGGAUUGCAUCUGUCUACACUUCCCCUGGCAUGUACCUUGUCAGCCAUCCUGUAAACCUUGGUACUAAGCUUGCCCUUUAUAUUCUUGUAGCAGGCAUAUUGUGCAUAUAUGUCAACUAUGAUUGUGACAGGCAAAGGCAAGAAUUUCGCAGAACAAAUGGCAAGUGCUUGGUUUGGGGGAAGGCUCCAUCAAAGAUUGUUGCCUCGUACACAACCACGUCUGGAGGAACAAAAUCCAGCCUUCUUUUAACCUCUGGAUGGUGGGGUUUGUCCCGUCAUUUCCAUUAUAUACCGGAAAUAUUAGCUGCCUUUUUCUGGACAGUCCCAGCUCUUUUCAGUCACUUUCUGCCUUACUUCUAUGUGAUAUUUCUUACCAUCCUCCUUUUCGACCGAGCCAAAAGGGAUGAUGAUCGAUGUCGAUCCAAGUAUGGAAAAUACUGGAAGUUAUACUGCGAAAAGGUUCCAUAUCGUAUUGUUCCUGGAAUUUAUUGAGAAGAUGGUGUAUGAAUUAAUUAGCUGUGGUUUAAUUUAUUUUUCCAUGGUGAUAUGCUAGAAUAUGGGUGACUAGCAAAGCAAUAUGUAUGGUGUUUCCCUUCAAUGCUCACCAGGUUGGCUUUACUAGGUGCUUGUAAGUUUUGAUACUUCAGCAGCAUGUGCUUUGUUGUGUAAUAUGGGAGCUUUACCUAUUAAAAUCUAUAGAGAGACCUUUAUUUAUUGAA